AUGGGAAACCAACAUUCAAAAAAAUCAAAACGACGAUACUUCAAAUCAUCUGUUUCUAGCACAAGUAGUGAUGAACAUCUGUCAAGUUCAGAAGAUUUAAUUUUUCGGUAUGUGAGCGGCCGAAAAUUUCAUCGAGAUAUUCCCAAUAUAUUCCCAGUAGACGAAACUGAAAUGAUAAAAAGCGAAAAAAAUCAAGCCAUAGCAAGACUUGUAUGGCAAGGGAAUUUCUCUUCGCCAAUUGAAGAUCGUUUAAAAGCCGGUGGAUUAAAGAUAUUAGACGUUGGAUGCGGUCCAGGAACAUGGAUAAUCGAAAUGGCCAAAACAUAUCCCUUAUGCACAUUCAUAGGUGUUGAUAUUGUUUAUUCCUUAAGAGAACUUCCAGAAAAUGUUAAAUUCAUAGAAGCCAAUAUCCUUCACGGUAUACCAAUUGCAAGCGGCGAAUUCGAUUUUGUGGUUAUGCAUUUUUUAAAUGGAUGUUUCAUAAGGCGACAAUGGGAAUCAAUAAUCAUUAAAGAAGUUGCUCGUGUUAUGAAACCUGGAGCAUGGUUUGAAUGGAUGGAGUGUGAUAUAACUUUAGAAAAUCAAGGAGAAGUCACAAAAAUUUUAUCACAAGCUCUCGUGUCUGGAAUAAAGUCGCAAGGUGUAAAUCCUUGGAUUUUCGCUGAAAUUCCAAGGAUGUUAGCUAAUUCCGGAAUAUUUAUGAAUAUAAGUAUCGGAAAGCGAUUAACUAUAUAUAGUUCCGCCGCCGGAAAAAGUGGUGAAUUAAGUAAGGAGAACUUUAUUAAUACGUUUCAUACUUUGAAAAAACAAACUAUGGAAUUUAUGAGUAUCACAUCUCACGAAUACGACCGAUUAUUAAAUAAAGCACUCGGAGAGAUAGAAAUGUAUCAAACAGGUAGCAAUUAUUACCGUUUUUGUGCGCAGCGAAAUGAUGACAAUGAAUAA